GGUGGAAAUAUGUUGCAUGGCGUCAUCAGCAAGCUGAAAUACAAAACAAGGCAAGAGUGAUGCUCAUCAAAGUCUAACAUUGCGUCAAAAAAAAAGGUAAAAACAUUGAGUUCCAGUGAACAGAAGGUAAUGAAAGGCUUUCAUAGGAAAUCAACCCUGGAAAUGCAGCAUAAAUAAAAAGCGGCAGUCCUCAUCAGGUUGAUACGUACCGAUAGAUGCCCCCAGUGCGGCCGUUGAAGAGUAAUGUUUGGGUACGAAUAAGGGUCCACACUGAAAAGUCUCUAUCAUCACUCUUCGGUGCAGAUUGGGAGGGGCCUGAUUCGAGACUUUUCCUCUCUCAGAGUGCAUGAACCCGUUCCGUCAUCUACAAUUUUAGUGCUGCUGUUUAAUAAAACCAGAAAGUGAUCGAUGACAUUCCCACUUGCCAUUUGCGGAUAUUUAAUUGUGCAUUUACUCGUGGUGAGUAAACCAUGUGAGGGAACACCAUUUUUUUUAAAUGUAAUCCUUUGGAUAAGUUGUUAUCUGCGGCCGCAGAUGUUCAGAGAAAAUGAAUCUGCAACGUGACUUUGAUUAUAUACAUAGUUUGUUAAGCAUGAAGCUCCAGUUAUUUUCAUUAGUACCCAUGAUGUAUGAAAGGAGCUGCUAAACAUGAACCAUCAAUUAUUUAAUUUUCUCUAGUUAUUCGUGAUGAAUGAAAGGAGGGUUUGGAAUUUCAUGUCGGGUGACAGUCAGGGAAAACAAUGGCUCAUGAGGUUCGGAAUCACUCCAUCUGUACGAGACACCUUAUACGACACAUCAGUUGAGAGCCACCACAUCCAUGCGAAGCGAUUUGGAAGGAUAAAAUUUUAAGAUACACAUAAAUAAACAGGCAAUACUUUUGUGUGAAUCGCAGAACAACUUUUGACGCCGACAUGGUUACACUUGCAUAAUUUUUUCAUAGAACUUCACAAAAGAGCUGAGUUUAUCCACCGACCUAAGACACCUUCAAGGGUAAAAUUGCCGAUGCCCAUGACUUUAAACAAGCUAUAUCUCUCGUGAGCCACGCGACAACUGUCAAAAUUGAUGAUUGAGACACAGUAGGCAUGAUUUUUUAUAAAAUUUCACACUAUGAUGGAUUCAAGCACAUGUUUAUCCAUAUAGCUUAACGGUAUACACAACUAGCAAGGAGGGUCUGUCCAGGCUGGUUUUCUAUCAUUUUUAUGACAACAAAUUGCUGGUUUAUUUUUUUUAAUCAUGCUUGAAAACUGCGAUGUUGCAUCUGAAGAUUAUUAUAUAAUCACGAGUUGAGAACAAGGACCAAGAAGAGGCGUCUGACUGACUUCGCUUGGCCUUUUGUCUGAAUUGGGACCCUUUUGCAAUUUUAUAAUUGGAGGCAUUUGGUAUUUCACCCAGCAGCAUAAGCAUCCAGACUCUGUUUAAUUUCUCACAGAUCAGAAUGGAAGUCACCUGCGAGGUUGGAGGGGAAUCCAUUGCUCUGUCAGGCUACGACAGAGCAAAAGAAGUGGAGGAGUUUGAUCAAACAAAGGCUGGAGUGAAAGGACUUGUAGAUGCUGGCGUUGUAAAAAUUCCCAGAUUCUUCAUUCACCCAACAGAGAAAAAACAAGAGAAGUCAUCAUCUGCAGAUGGUGGUUUCCACCUCCAGGUACCAGUGAUAGAUUUCCAAGGCAUCGAAACCAGCCGGAGAAGGGAAGUUGUAUCCCAAAUUGGCAUGGCAGCAGAAACAUGGGGCUUCUUCCAGAUUUUAAACCAUGGAGUUCCACUUAACGUGACUGAAGAGAUGCUGAAAGGCGUGAGGCAGUUCCACGAGCAGCCCAUGGAGUUGAAGAUGGAGCUGUAUUCCCGGGAUCCUGCACAACCCGUCAGGUAUUACUGCAAUGGCGAUCUUCACGUGUCGGGAGCUGCAAACUGGAGGGACUCCAUAGCUUGUGAUUUCUAUGAUGACACGAUGGACUGCAAAGCACUCCCUCUUGCUUGCAGGUACUGGUUCUUCAGCAGUGUUAGCAUUCGCAAGUCCCCCAGAAUGGGAGGUUUACCACUGAUUCUUUAUUUUCGGAUUUCGUUUUGCAGAGAAGCAAUAGUUCAGUACAUGAACUGCAUUUUCAUGCUGAGAAAUACACUCUCUGAUCUACUGUCCGAAGCUUUGGGCCUUAGCAGCAACUUCCUAGCGCACAUGGAAUGCAUGAAAUCUGAAUCACUGGUGUGCCACUAUUACCCGGCUUGUCCUGAACCAGACUUGACUCUAGGCACAACAAAGCAUUCGGAUCCUUCUUUUCUAACCAUACUCCUGCAAGAUAAGAUUGGAGGCCUCCAAGUUCUUCAUCAAGAUCAAUGGGUGGAUGUGCCACCCAUACAGGGAGCUUUAGUAGUCAAUAUGGGUGACUUGGUGCAGCUCAUCACCAAUGAUAAGUUCAGAAGUGUGGAGCACAGGGUGCUGGCAGGACGGAUUGGACCGAGGGUUUCAGCAGCCUGUUUUUUCUAUCCAAGUACAGCAAAAAUAUCCAAACCAUAUGGGCCAAUAAAGGAAUUCACAUCAGACAGCGAUCCUCCAAUUUACAGGGAAACCAGUUUAUGUGAAUAUCUGGCAUAUUACAGGUCAAAAGGACUAGACGGUAACUCUGCCCUUCCUUACUUCAGGCUGUAAUGAGGGAAUAUUUUGAAAUAGGAAGAAGCAAUGUCGCAGUUCUACUUUCAUUUUAGGCGAUUGUAAAGCCGAAAAAAUUUUAUGACGUUUCUAUUGCGCUCAAUACAAGUUUUUAAUAAUGCUUGUUUUUA